UCCACCAUUUUUUAUUCACUUGUUUCUGCAACUUGCAUUCAUUUUGUAUGAUCUUCCAACAUUCUCUCUCCUUGUCGCCUCUCUCUCUCUCUCUCUUUCUCUCUCUAUAACACACACACACACACACACAAAAGACACAUGACAUGCAUGAUCAAAACCCUCAUCAUUUUCAAUUUUGCUUACCAUAUGAAAAACCUCUCUGUUCUCUCAAAUGGGUUAAUCAUCUCGCCAUUGUAGCAGAAUCUUAGUGGAAGCUCAUAUUUCCUGAUCUCGCAAUAGAGAAAUCGAAGCCGGAAGCAUUGUUUGAGUGCGGCGAUGAAAAGCAAAGGCAAGAAGGAGGUGGCGUUAAGCAAGGAAGAAGCCGCCGAUAGCUGGUGCUUUGUCUGCAAAGACGGCGGCGAUAUUCGUAUCUGUGAUAACCAGCAAUGUCUAAAAUGUUACCAUCCUCGCUGUGUGGAGAAGGACGACUCAUUUUUAGAAAGUGAUGACUACUGGGCUUGCGAUUGGCACACCUGCUACUCUUGUCGUAAAUCAUCCUACUUCCGUUGCUACACCUGUACAACUGCUUUUUGCCGCCGCUGCCUUCCUUCUGCAGAUUUCUUACAAAUUAAACCGAAAAAUGGAUUCUGCAGUUGCUGCCUAAAGCUCGCAUUACUUAUUGAAGAAAACAAGGAUAUUGACUCCAAUGGGGUCAAGGUGGAUUUUACAGAUCGAAAUACAUGUGAGGGUCUAUACAUGGAAUAUUAUAAUAUCAUCAAAGACGAAGAAGGAUUCACAUUGGAGGAUUUGCGUGCUGCACUAAAUGCGGUGAAGAAGAAAAAAGGCCGUCUAUCUGGCUAUGAGACAGAAGAAUCUGAUGAAGAGGAGGUCUCAGAUUAUGAUGCUGAGGAGUAUGAAAAGAAAAGCAAGAGAAAUCGUAAAGGAAAGAGAUCCGUUGGACAAAAGUCUACAACACCAACACCCACAAAAUCGAAUAAGCAGGAGUUUGUUGGUUGGGCAUCGAAAUCCCUUUUAUCUUUCCUCUCUUCAAUCGGUGAAAGCAGAGAUGGAGAAUUGUCACAGCGUGAAGUGACUGACAUUAUAUACGAGUAUGUUAAAGAAAAUAAACUAGUUCAUCCAGAGAGGAGGAAAAUGGUCAUAUGUGACGAGCAAUUACAAUCCCUUUUCAAAAAGAAAACGUUAAGUCGAUACAGAAUAUAUGACCUCCUCGAUGACCACUUUGCUGAGAAUUGUGAGGAUUCAGAGGAGGAUGAGGAUGAUGAGCUGGCAGACGAUACAGAAGACAGUGAUGCAGAUAUUCAGGGUGCAUGUAAGAGGCAAAAAAAGGAGAAAAAACUGGAGAAGAAAGAAGUGGAAAAAGGUGUGUUACAAAGCUGUUUUGCGUCUGUUGUAGCUGAAAAUGUGAAACUUGUUUACCUGAAGAGGAGUUUGCUGCAUGAGCUGCUCAAGAAACCGGAAUCGUUUGAAGAGAAGGUGAUUGGAUGCUUUGUUCGAGUCAAAUGCGAUCCACACGAUUGUCGUGCAAGAAAUUCUCAUCAGCUCAUGCAAGUCAAAGGUGUAAAAACAGUUUCAAUUGGUGAAAACCAAAAAGAGACUCUCCUUUUAUUUUCAGCUAUGCCUAAAGAAAUUCGCAUGAGUCUGAUUUCAGAUGAUAAUUUCUCGGAGGAAGAAUGUAAGGAUUUGAGAGAAAAAGUAGUAGCUGGCGAGAUUGAGAGGCCUAAAGUGGCCGAUCUUCAACAGAAAGCCAAAAUUCUGCACGAGGAUUUAACAAAGCAUUGGAUCACUAAAGAGCUGGCCUUGUUGCGAAACCUCAUCGAUCGAGCCAAUGAGAAAGGAUGGAGGCGUGAGCUUUUUGAGUACCUGGAGAAGCAAAAGAGAUUACAAACUCCAUCAGAACAGUCACGGUUGCUAGCCAAUGUUCCUACAGUGAUUCCAGACAUAAACGAGCUCGAUUCUAAUUCUGGUGACAUGGAAAAUGAUAUGGAAAAUAAUGACAUGGAAAAUGUUGAAAUGGAAAAUGAUGACAUGAAAAGUGAUAAAAGCUCCCCAAAAUCGAUCCCACAAUGUGAUUCCUCUGUUCCAGGUGACAGGUGGCAGGAUAAUAAAGCAUCAGAGGACAAGGCUCAGCACGACAACAAUGCAUCUCGAUCGGAUAAAAAGCAACACAUGUCCCAAAGAUUCCCCUCUGACGAAGAACCUCUACACAACCAUGAUAAGAUCACCCGCAGUAAGACUCUGCAGUUUCCGACAGUCGAACUGAAAACGAAGAAAUUUGAGUCAGUACUAAUGCACUCUGGAAAAGUCCACAAUGAUGCUCCCAAGAUUGAGGUGAUCGAGUUGCUCAGCGAUGACGAAAGUGCCAUCAGUCACAAUGAUGACGUGGCAGACGAGACAUGGUGUGUUCUUGGACCGGAUGGUGAUAGGGACAAGUGUACGUUUUCCAUUUUGAAAAAAUGGAGCUCUACUAAGUAUGCGUCUGAGUUUAAGGUGUGGAGAGAAGGUCAGAAUGAAGAGGAUGCAAUUUGGUUGCGCGAGGCUGUUGGAAUAUCCUUUCCGAAGAAAUAAAAUGCUUUCUUUCGAGAGACGAGGAAUCUUAAAUUUUUUUUUUUUUGUCCUUUUUGUAUGGGAAAAAAGGUAAUUAUAUGGACGAACGGAUAUGUUCAUAGUAAGGUGUGGUGGUAUAUUAUUGUGUAUGUGAAACUUUUCGUACUUAAAAAUACUGUCGUCGUUUCGAACUCGACUUUUGAAGAGGAAUCUGCAGUUUUUGUUGGCAUACGCCUUUUUAAUCA